GUUUAGGCGCGGCGAUACCCUUAUCGUGCCGGGUCCGCCAGGCGGCAUCUCAGAAUCCAUCGGUACACGUUUAUAGUGCGAGGCAAACCCGCCUCGCUUCCCUCUCCUCCUUUUCCUUCUUUCCUCUUGCCACCACAAUGUCUAUCACCGUCAUCGACCACCCCAUCGUCCGCGCUGAGCUUUCCAAGCUCCGUCUCACGACCACUUCGCCGAAGGACUUCCGCGAGGGCAUCAAACAAAUCAGUUUCAUUCUUGGGAUAGAAGCUUCCAGGUCCUUGGAGGAGGCUACUUUCCAGGGCGAGACGCCCAUCAGCGCCUUCACGGGAACCAUCAUCAAGCCCCGUGUGGGCUUGACGCCCAUUCUGCGCGCGGGGCUGGGCAUGUCUGAUGCACUGAUUUCCAUAUUCCCUGACGCCCCCGUGUACCACCUGGGCAUAUUCCGCGAGAAGGUCACCCUCCAGCCCGUCGAAUACUAUUCCAAGCUCCCUUCGAAGCCGAAUGUGGACUUGGUCUACCUUCUGGAUCCGCUAAUCGCGACCGGCGGUACUGCCAACGCCGCCCUCUCCAUGCUUUUGGACUGGGGUAUUCCUGUCAAGAACAUCAAGCUGCUGUGCGUUCUCGCCUCUAAGGCGGGACUUGACAAUGUGAAGGCAGCACACCCUGAGCUUGAGGUUUGGGUCGCAGGCGUGGACGACGUCCUGACGCAGAACGGACUUAUUAGCCCCGGUCUGGGUGACACUGGCGACCGCCUCUUCAGCACCGUCCGCCCUUGAUUGGAUUCACGAGCUACGGCCUCGUCUAACUUUGCCGCUUCGCUGGCAACGCAUGCCAGUGUACUCAUAGACUAAAACCGGGUUAAUAGAGCACUCAGGAUGUUGUACAGUACAACGCACGAAUAGGACAUGCAUUCGGAAUGCCCCUCUGCGCCGCCCGCAUGACUC